AGACACCUCCGGUCCCAAUUCUCUUCAAUUUUCCCCAAUUCAAAUAUCAACCCUAGAAUUUACGUAUCAAAUCUCUAAUUUCUCUCGUAAAAUCCUUGAAUCGACGCAAGGAUUUCGCUUCUUGAUUCAUUCACCCGCUGAAACUAUACAAGUAUUAAAUGAAGCUCUCUUUUUCUCUACCUUCAAAAUCUCAAUCCAAUCGCUCUAGAAAGCCCUCGCAAUCCUUCUCUGCCGCCGAUGCUGGGCCGUCCGCUGCAGAUUCGACCGACAAAAAUUAUGUCACGGAGUUCGACUCGGCUGAAUCCCUGGUGGAUCCCCAAUCCAAACCUAAAAUUAUUCCCCCUAUUCCCAACCAAUGGCGUCCCAAUAAAAAGCUCAAAAACCUACCCAAUCUUCCCUCUCUAAAGUCUGAUGGCGAAAAUACUCUCCAAUUUGAGGUUGUGUCUGACGGGAAUCCCGAUUCUUCCGAUAAGUCGAUGGCUUACGGGCUCAAUCUUCGUAGUAAACCAUCGGGUGUUAAUGGUGGUUCUGCAGAUGAUCCCGGUGAAGAAUUGAAUUUGCCAAUUUCGGACUUGGAGUUGAGGAAGUUGAGGGAGGAUUUGGAUAAGUUGCCGGAGGAUGCUGGGGUUGAUGAAUAUACAGAUAUGCCCGUGGAGGGCUUUGGUGCGGCUUUACUAUCAGGGUAUGGGUGGAAUAAGGACAGGGGCAUUGGCCGCAAUGCCAAGGAGGAUACCAAGAUUCUUGAGGUUAAAAAAAGAGCUGGUAGAGGAGGAUUAGGGUAUGAGGGGGAAUUACCUGACAAUCAAAAUGGCAAUGACAGUAAUGCUGGUGAGGCUUUUGGGAGUAGAGAUGUCAGGCAGAAUAAGGGGGAGGAUGCAAAGGAAAAGAAAGGGCUUGAUGUGGGGGAAGAGGUGAGGAUGGUGAAAGGGAGCGAGAUGGGGAUGAAGGGUAAAAUCAUUGAGGUGAGAAGUGGUGGAGAUUUAUUGGUUUUGAGGAUGUCAAGAAGUGGGGAGAAGGUGAAGGUGCGUGUUAAGGAUGUGGUGGAGGUGGGUUCUGCAGAGGAGGAGAAAUGCUUAAGGAAAUUAAAGGAGUUGAAGGUUAAAGAGAAAAACAGCAGUAAAGAUAAAAGCGAUAAAACUUCUUCAAGUAAAAGGGGCCGAGAAGAAGGAAGAAUAGGUAGUGAAAGAGUGAAUUGGUUAAGGAAUCAUAUUAGGGUGAGAAUAGUAAGUGAGGUAUUGAAGGGUGGGAGAUUGUAUCUGAAAAAAGGGGUGGUAAUGGAUGUGGUGGGGCCUGGGGUUUGUGAUAUUUCAAUGGACGAGAGUGGGGAGUUGGUACAAGGUGUGGAUCAGGACUUAUUGGAGACUGCGAUUCCAAAACGUGGAGGCAAAGUAUUAGUAUUGUAUGGUAGACACAAGGGUGUGUAUGGGAGUUUGCUGGAGCGCGAUUUGGAGAAGGAGACUGGUUUAGUUCAGGAUGCUGAUACACAGGAGUUUGUCAAUGUUCGGCUUGAACAAAUUGCAGAAUAUAUUGGAGAUCCUAGCCAUAUUGGUUAUUGAACUGCUUUACCUCAUUUUCAAGAGUUAGAUUGCUUGGGUGAUAGCACUGCUUUCCUAUUUUUGAGGUUACAUUCUCUCAGUUGUUAAGGCAUGAAAGGGACUGCUAUCUGGUGCGCAGACUGUUGUUAUUUGUUCUUGUAACAAUAUCUUUUGCCUCAUUCUUACUUGGCAUAAUUCUAAGCAAUUUUGAUGUGGACGAUGAUAUCUGUUAUCCUAGACUUUGAGAGGCAGAUGCAUGAAGUCCAAACACGUGGAAAAAGUAAGUGCUGACAUAUUUCAAGGUGUGAAACACGAAAGACAUACAUCUUGUCGAUGUUUAGAUGCAUCAACUUGUUCUUCGUAAGGAGUUUAGAUUGCACAACCAACCACAACAUGGAGUGUUUUGGAGUGAUGGGAGGUCUCCUAGUCUCCCCCAUCUAGUUCUUUUUCUCCCCCUUGGGCCUAAAAAACUGAUAAGCGUUGUCAAUGGAAAAUCGGCUAGAAGCUGUACAGUUGGACAGCCUAUCAAUAGCACGUGAUUAGUGAGUUCUGGUCUUCUAAGCUGAUUUCGAAUGUCCAGCAGCUUUUUGAUCAAAGGAGAGUGAUCUUUCCUUGCCAUACACUUCCAAAUACAAUCCCCAAGAGGUAAAUUUGAUUCAUCCAUUUAAUCCACAUCGUGUCUUUCUAACUAUGGAUAUUUCAAAAGGGAUUUGAAAAAAGUGCUUUAAUAUGUCCUCGGUUGUGUUCCAAGCUGCUUUCACUCUGCUAAGAGAUAUGGGGGAUACUCGUCAUUCCAGCAUUUUAUGUCUCUAAAUCCAGGGCCACCCUCGUGUUUCGGCAAGCAAACAUUACUCCAAGCCACCAACAGUGUAUUAGUAUCCCAAAGGAAGUGGCAUAGAUUAGUGAUCUUUGACAAGACUAUGUAGAUUUAGCAUCACUAUAUCAGCGCUUGGUUUACACUUUGUGGUUUAAACUUAACACGAGCGAUGACUCGUGUGCACGUGGCACCUACAUACUAAUUCUCGAUUGAAAAGGAUGUUUAGCUUCUA